GUCGUCCCCUAUUCUGCUAGUCCUACGUUAUUCUUGUUUAGUCAGUCAAUAGCGAUGGCAGAUUCUGUUGUUAAUGUCACUCACGAUGUUCACUCUCUCCUCUCUUCUCCAGAUAGAGACUUUCUUCUUCGCAACACCGGCGAUCAGGUAAAAAUUGAUAGCUUGAAGGGAAAGAAACUUGGUUUUUAUUUUUCAGCAUCAUGGUGUGGUCCGUGUCGAUCAUUCACUCCAACGUUGGUGGAGGUGUACAAUGAACUCUCUCCCAAGGGUGACUUUGAGGUUGUUUAUGUCUCACGUGAUAAAGAUGAUGAGACCUUUAACAACUACUUUUCCAAGAUGCCAUGGCUGGCUAUCCCAUUUUCUGACUCAGAGAUACGCAUUCGCCUCAAAGAAUUGUUUCAUGUAAAAGGCAUUCCUCAUCUUGCAUUGCUCGAUGAUACUGGAAAAGUUGUUACUGAAGACGGAGUUCACAUUAUCCGUGAAUAUGGAACUGAAGGAUACCCUUUCACAUCAAAAAAGGUUCAAGAGUUGAAAGAUAUAGAAGAGGAAGCUAUGAGGAACCAGUCCUUGAGAUCGACAUUGGUCUCUAGCUACCGUGACUUUGUGAUAUCAUCCGAUAGAAACGAAAUACCUAUCUCUGAGAUUGAGGGAAAGACAGUUGGUUUGCAUUUCUUUACGACUUCAUACAAACCAUGCGUGCUAUUUAAUCAAAAGCUUAAGGAGGUUUACAACAACCUGAAGGAAAAUGGGGAGAACUUUGAGGUCGUGUUUAUACCCUUAGAUGAUGAGGAAGAGUCAUUCAAGAAAGAAUUAGAAAGCGUGCCUUGGUUAUCCUUGCCUCUCAAGGACAAAACUUGUUUGAAACUAGUUAAGUACUUUGAGCUAUCAACACUCCCCUCCUUUGUUGUUAUUGGGCCAGAUGGGAAAACUCUUCAUCCUAAUGCCGCUGAUGCCAUUGAGGAUCAUGGGAUAGACGCAUAUCCAUUCACUCCUGAAAAGUUUUCUGAACUCGAUGAAAUAGCAAAGGCCAAGGAGGCAUCUCAAACACUUGAGUCGGUUUUGGUGUCUGGCGAUCAAGAUUUUGUCAUUGAGAAAGAUGGGAAGAAGAUUCCGGUGUCGGAAUUAAAGGGGAAGACUGUCCUCCUCUACUUCUCAGCCCACUGGUGUCCUCCAUGCCGUGAGUUUCUUCCAAAACUCAUUGAUGCAUACCUUAAGAUCAAGACAGAAGACAAUGAUGCACUUGAAGUGGUUUUCAUCUCUAGUGAUAGGGAUCAAGACUCCUUUGAUGAAUUCUUUGCGGAAAUGCCAUGGGUGGCACUUCCCUUUGGUGACUCGAGAAAAGAAUUUCUAAGUCGCAAAUUCAAGGUAGCUGGCAUUCCUAAGCUGGUGGCGAUCGGACCAAGUGGCCAGACUGUCACGAAAGAGGCUCGAGAUCUGGUUGGGAUUUAUGGGGCAGAUGCUUAUCCUUUCACUGAGGAGAGAAUAAAAGAAAUAGAGGCACAAAAAGCUGCCAAGGAAGAAGAGAAGCCCAAAGAUGGAUGGGUUUGUGAUGGAGAUGUCUGCACCAAAGCCUGAAAUCCGCUUGUUAUAUUUUGGUGAUUGCUGGUUUUAGUUAUAUGCAUGUGAAUGUCUUGUGAGUUGAAUAAAAUAAUUUGAAUAUUCAGAUAUUGUGAUAUGGAUGAUAAUCUUUGAUGUGUGAUUUAAUCUUGUGCA